UCUCAUACGCGUGCACAGCAGAGAGGUGGGGGGGAAAGGGGCGAAUUUCCAGCCUAUCUAGCACGCGCUAGAGUUCUGAACUGCACACCACAGUGCACACGGAGCGAUGGCCGAUAAGCGUCCAGACACAAGCGCCACUAAAAGACAACCAAAGAGAAUACGAUCAGAGGAACAGAAAUUGAAAAAGAAGGGGUACGAUCUGGCAAGGGCGAAGAGCCGCGUGAACAUUGGCGCGGCUUUCCAGCGGUGGAGAGACCUCAGAGAAUUGAAAUGCAUGAAAACGGAUGAAGAUGUUUCUCUGUUUCUGCUAGACAGUUUUGAUCAGAAUUCACUGUCACCAGGAACUACACUAAGAGGCCGGAGCCUUUUACCCGCUGCACCUUUAAACAGUGACGUGGUGUCGAACCACAGCAGUGCAGACGAGGUGGUUGUGAAGUUGGAGUGCCUGCUACAGCUGUUCCAGAAGUGCUUAGCGUGCUGCAGUGAGUGCAGCAUCAGUACGGAGCGUGACGGCUGGUUCUUCUACGUCACGCAGAAGUGUCAGCAGUGCCACUACAGCAGGAACUGGGUCAGCCACCCGACCGACCAGAUCAUCAGAGACCCGGCAGACAACCAGGAGGUGGUUGAUGAGACGGUGAUCACGCCUUUCGGGGCCUCGGACACGGAGUCAGCAGAGGAAGAGGGGGAUGAUGUUGUGACGGUCAUAUAUGAUGGCUCAGACGACAGCAUGGAUGGCCAGAGACAAACCAGCGUAGAGGAUAAAGAGGACCCUUCUUCCUCUGGGGAGGGUAUGACAGUCGAGGAGGAGGAGGAGGAGGAAGAGGAAGAAGAAGAAGAAGAUGAUGAGGAAGAGGAGGAGGAAGAUGAGGAGGUGGAGGAUGACUGCGAUGACGAGUGGGUCAUUAAGUCUGAGGAGGCUUGGAGUCCGUCUGGAGGUGAGGGUUCCGCUGCGGGAUCUAAGCCCGAGGCCAGCAAGGAGCCUGAGCUUGAGCCUCCCAUGGUGUGGUGCAGUAAUUGCAAUGCAGAUUUCACACGCAGCUGCUACGGACUGCGCCACAGACGGAUCUACGGCUGCCUUCAGUGUGGCGCCAAAGAUGGUGCCCAGAGGAGCACUGACAACCAAGACUCUAAAACCAGUAACAACCAGGACACCACCACCACCACCAGUAGCAACCAGGACACCAUCACCAGUAACAACCAGGACACCACCACCAGUAGCAACCAGGACACCAUCACCAUCACCAGCAGCAGCAGCAACCAGGACACCAUCACCAGCAGCAACCAGGACACCACCACCACCACCACCACCACCAGCAGCAGCAGCAACCAGGAGCAUGGGGCACUGAACUUCCAGGAGCUGGCUGUGUGCUUCGGUGAUCUAGACAGCUUCCAGAAGCACGCCCGACAGUGUCACGGCAUCAAGCAAUUCCGGGAGCCCUGCCCGGACUGUGGCAAGUUCAUCACCAUGAGAAACAAGGUGAGCGGCGGACCACCACACAUCUGCGAGCACAAGGCCAGACCCAACUCAUGCCUCGUCUGCGGGAAAGGAUUCCGCAGUCAGAAGGGACUUCUGAGCCACAUGACCUGGGUCCACCUUAAAGGGAAACCAAACAUAGUGCGCUGCAACUACUGCCUCAAGCGUUUCACUUUCCGGAAACAGAAAAUCGAGCACGAGAAGAUCCAUCAGAACGAGGAACUGAAGUUCUCCUGCACGCACUGCCCGCUGCGGUUCCCAGACUGCUACAGUCGUAGCGCGCACAGAAAGACACACCGGGUUUUUAACACUUUUGUUUGCAAGGUGUGCAACAGGACUUUCAAACAGGCCUGCAAGCUUGAGCGGCACAUGGCCAUCCACACGGGGGUGAAGCCUUACAGCUGCAAGCUGUGUGACCGCACCUUCAACCAAUCAGGGCACCUCAAGUCCCACAUGCGCGUCCACACGGGGGAGAAACCCUUCAAGUGCCAGGACUGUGGGCAGUGCUUCAACCACAACGUCAGCCUCAAGAACCACAUGCAGCGCAAACAUAAACCCAGAGGUGAAGAGUGGGCGUGGGGUGAGGAGGAGGAGGAUGGAGAGUGA